GUUAAUCUAUUGCCAGCUCAACAUAUAGACACCGCCAACAGAUGUUGGCAGUGCGGAAAAUCAAGUGAGCGCAGCCAGAAGCCAAAUCCCAGUUGUUUUGGUGAAGAAAAUCGCAGGACUUCCAGAAAAUGUCGCGCCUCCUGUUCGUGGCGUUGCUGGCCUUAAGUUUAGGAUGUGUGGCGCCCAGCAGCAGCAACCACCUGCCAGCGGGAAUGAACGAGAGGUUCUUUGACCAGGUGCGGGCGCUUAUCAAGCGACGGCUACAGGAGAAGGGGCUCACGAAGCCGGAACAGCUGGAUCUGCCAUUGCCGCUGGCGGAUGAUGAUGCAUUGGCCUUGCAGAACCAACGCAGCUACGACAAUGUGCCCCUUCCGGCUGCCAGUGUUCCGACUCCGGUGCUCGUGGAAAACUGGCCAACCGAGCAGCAUAGCUUUGGCCAGGUCACCGCCGUGGCUGUGGAUCCCCAAGGAAAUCCUGUUGUUUUCCAUCGUGCCGAACGCUACUGGGAUGUAAAUACCUUUAACGAGAGCAAUAUAUACUACCUUAUUGAGUACGGCCCAAUCAAGGAGAAGACCAUCUACGUGCUGGACGCGAAGACGGGGGCCAUCAAUUCGGGAUGGGGAUCGAAUAUGUUCUACAUGCCACAUGGGAUGACCAUCGAUGGACACGGCAAUUACUGGAUUACAGAUGUGGCCAUGCACCAGGCUUUUAAGUUUAAGCCGUUUAGCAACAAGCCACUGCUUACAAUUGGCAAGCGAUUUAGGCCCGGAUCAUCCGUUAAGCAUCUGUGCAAGCCCACUUCCAUUGCAGUGGCUACAACGGGGGAGUUCUUUAUUGCUGAUGGCUACUGUAAUAGUCGAAUACUUAAGUUUAAUGCCGCAGGCAAGCUGCUACGUACGAUUCCCCAGCCACCCGAAUUUCUCUCAUUGCAGGUGCCACAUGCAAUUACCCUGCUAGAACACCUGGAUCUUUUGUGCAUCGCCGACAGGGAGAACAUGAGAGUAGUCUGUCCCAAAGCUGGCUUGAUAUCCUCCCAUGGCGAGGGUGAACCGGCAGCCACCAUCCAGGAACCGGACUUGGGACGCGUUUUCGGAGUCGCCAGCUAUGGCGACAUAGUGUUUGCUGUGAAUGGACCCACUUCUAUGCUGCCCGUGCGAGGAUUUACAAUCGAUCCGCGCUCCGAAACUAUCAUCGGACAUUGGGGAGAUUUCAAGAACCCACACUCCAUGGCGGUCAGUGUCAACGGAUCGGCACUGUAUGUGACCGAGAUUGGAACGAACCACCAAACGAAUCGAGUUUGGAAGUAUGUGCUGGCCUGAGCCUAAUUCGAAACCCUCAAAAAGGCCCGACUCGCACUGCGCUCCUGCAUAUCCUUAGAUCCAUAGAUCCCUCUCAAUUAGUCACCAGCAGAAACAGAAUGGAAAACAGAAUCAGAUACAGAUAAUACAGAACCUAAGCAUAAGCAGAGCCCACACCAAGUACAGUUUAACGUGACUCAUUGUCAGAUCAAUAGAGAAUAGUAAGUGCUUAAGUAAUGUACAAGUUAAGUAUGUAAAUUGCUUGAAAACAAUACCACAACAAACAUAACCUCAGACUCUUAUGUUUUGCACUGUAAUGAGCAAACGAAAACGAAAACGAAAUUACAAAGCAGCUUAAAUAGUACAUAUACUUAAAUGUAAUAGCUAUGCGUAGGCACUAACUAGGCACGAAUGUGAGGAUGUGGGGACGUGAGCAUGGAUAACCGAUUCCGCAGAUAACCGGGGGCAACCAGCGCAUAUAAACAUACUUGUGUAUCAUAUUGUAACCUAUAUCAAAUAUAUAAUCGUAUCUGUAUCUUAUCAACGUAUCGUAGCCAAUGUAAAUUAUGUAUGUAAUAAACUGUUGUUGUUGUGACGUGAA